CUUGGUCUAGUCUCUUAUUUGUAAACAGAGCCUCUGUGGGAUGCAAGUAUUUUCUGUGUAGCCUCUUCCCUUUGACUCAAAGUUGAAUUAGAAUUCCAUUUAAGUUACAUCAGAACUAUGUUAUAGUGAACAGCACUGAAACUUGGUGGGAUGUUUCACACCACUGAAGUGGCACAAUAAAUGCCUGCAAACACGUCAGAAGGGAGGAGAGGUCACUCGACAGGACUACGAAGUUGUCAUGUGGUUCUGCAAGGAGAGAAUUAGAAGGGUCAAAGCCCAAAGAUAAAUUUAUCUGACUUCAGCCAGACCACAAUAAAUCAUUUUACAAAUAUAUUAGCAACAAAUGGAGGACCAAGGUGAGUCUCUGUCCUUUACUGAAUGUGGGACCUUUCCAGAAGGGAAACAGAGAGCUGGUGACAAAGGAUAUGGAUAAGACCGAGGUGCUCAACAACUUCUUUGCCUCAGUCUUCAACAGCAAGGGCUCCAGCCACAACGCCCAAGUGACAGAGGGCAAAAGUAAGGACUGGGAAAAGGGAGAUUUGCCCACUAUAACUGAAGAUCAUGUUUGUGAGUACCUCAGGAAUCUGAAUGUGCACAAGUCCAUGGAGUCUGAUGAGAUUCACCCACGGGUCCUGAGGGAACUGACAGAUGAAGUUGCUAAACCACUGUCCAUCAUAUUUGAAAGGUCAUGGCAGAAUGGUGAAGUUCCUGCUGACUGGAAAAGGGCAAACAUAACUCAUAUCUUCAAGAAGAGAAAAAAGGGUCACCCCAGGAAAAACACACCAGUCAGUCUCACCUGUGUGCCUGGCAAGAUCAUGGAGCAGAUCCUUCUGAAGACAGAUGGGAAACAAAGAGCACAACCUCAGCGUUUGCCUCAGCCAAAUACUUCAGCACUGGAAAGGGGUGAGGAAGAAAGUGUUAAAAUCCAAAACGGCCAUGUGGGUCUAAGUAAUGGAAGUGGAAUUCACAAUGGAGUCAAGCAUACGCCUGCAGACAACAGAAAGCUUUCAGCUCCUGUUUCAGAAAAAAUGCACAGAAAAAUUCAGUCUACCUUGUCUGUCAACAGCAACAGCAGCAAGAAGAGUAAGAUAAGCUCUGUGUUUUCUCAAAAGCCAGGUACUUCACCUGAAGAUUGCUGUGUUCACUGUAUCCUGGCUUGCUUGUUCUGUGAAUUUCUCACCCUCUGUAACAUUGUUCUGGGACAAGCAUCCUGUGGCAUCUGCACAUCGGAGGCCUGCUGCUGCUGCUGUGGGGACGAGAUGGGGGAUGACUGUAACUGCCCGUGUGAUAUGGACUGUGGCAUCAUGGACGCAUGUUGUGAAUCUUCAGAUUGCUUGGAAAUCUGCAUGGAAUGCUGUGGGAUCUGCUUCCCAUCAUGAAACAUUUAUGCCUUUUUAUUUUAUUCUCUGUAUAACUGGAGAGCUUUUCUUUAAAUGUAUUUGAAGAAAGACAAGGUAAGAUAUUCACAAAACCAACUGGUAUUGCACUGUCAAUUCCCUAUAUAUAAAUAUAUUUUUUAAAGCAAUCCUCAAAUCUGUAUUCUAACAUAAAUUGUAUAGUUUUGUAUAUGGAACUCAAGCUAUAUUCCAGCUUCAUUUUGACUUUGCAAGUGGAAGACUUUAUUGAAAGCACAUUAUAGACCUGAUUCCCCCCAGGCUGUGUAAGGGCAAAACUGCCAUUUGAAUUGAGUAACAGGUUUUGGUCAGCGAAGAGACUACAGGGAAAAGCCUUAAGGAUUUACCUUUACCUACAUGAAUGUUUAAAUGCUUAAAUGCCUCCAUGCAUAACAUGCCUCUACAGGCAUUGUGAAAAGUCACACAUCCUUAUUUCAAUCUAUUUGGGUUGAAAGUGACUUUGCUCUGUUAUUUUAAAAUGCAUUCAAAAGUCAGCAUCAGGAAUCUACUGUUGGGUUUGCUGCAUUGGUUGCUGUGGCAAUAUUUCUUUUGUUGGGAAUAUCUUACUGGCUUGAGAGAGAUUCCUUGUAUUUUCUAUUGUCAGUAUUGAUCCUAUGAGAAGAAUUGGCAUACUUAAGCCAGUUUAAGUUUUGUCAUGAACUAGAGUACCAAGAUUUUGUUGUUCUCAAUCAAAAUAGAAUAGAGAAGUUCUAUUUUACUUCAGUACUAAUGUUACUUGAAAUGCUUCUUUGUAGAAAGAGACUUUAGAAAUAUGUGUAGACAUGAAAUAUAUCCUUAAAACUGACAGAUCAACUAAUAGUCUAACAAAUCUUCAAACUUUGGCUAUAAAAGGGGAAUUACUAGAACUUAACUUGAGAAUCUAAAGGGCUUUGUCAAGUGCUUGUGACUUUAGAGCUAGUGCCAUAUAACUUGGUAUUUAUUUCUUCUCUGUGUGAGAAAGAUCCUUAGAAUAUGGCAGAAUUUAAACAAUUUUCAGAGGCCAACUUUAAGUGGAUCAAAGAAUUCUGUUGUUGAAUGCAAAAAGUAAAUGCAAAAAUACUUAUUCUCUCAUACAUUUUAAGUCUUGAUUUUAGAUAAUUGUUUAAAAAAAUGGAAAUUUUAGAGAGUGUUUGGUAUCCUUUAAAAAUGAAAGGACUGGGGUUUGAAAUGUUUGGGAAAUAGUUAGGAGCCAGUGGACAACUUUUUUCCUGUUGUGCCAUUAAGAUAUUUCUGAAAAUACUUCUCUUUGUCGUUGUAAUUGUGAAAUCAAAUCAUUCCAACACAUCAAGAGAUUGAUGGCACUCACAGAUUUAGGGAAUAAUGGUACCCAUUUUCUUUACCAUCUGCUAGAUUCUCACUUUCAUGCCUGUAGCUCAUUUACUUUUUUCUUGUGUAAAGUACCUACAUCUCUUGAUCUUACAUACUUAAGUUUCCUACCAACACUCCAGAUUUCCUUUUUGUAGAUGGUUGGGCCUUAUAAAUUUAGAUCUUGUUGCCAGUCAUUGAUAGCCAAUAGCAAAUAUCCACUGAGUGAAUUUACCGCAAUUGUCUCUUUCCACUGAAGUGAAUUCAGUUUAUGCAAAUGUGACAAGCUAAAGAUCACAGGAAUGUGAAGCUAAGUCAACAAAUGGUCUGAUACUAACCGAAGCUUAUUAACAAAACACUGACUAGUAGUGCCUACUACUGCAAGUUAACACUGCAGGUUAUAUAGCCAAAUCCUCAACUAUACUAGGAAGCUGAGAGAUAUUACAUUUUGUCUUAAACAUAUGCAGUAUUGUGGUGUAUUCUUAUACAAUGCAGAUCUUACAGAGUUUCUCUGCUAUUUUUUGAUAGUUACAACAAGAUUUGAUCUUACCAUGGGUAUUUCUCUCCCAUAUUGGACCAAAUUCAGAUCUGUGUUGCAUAAACUAAGUACAUUUCCAUUAAUGUCAGAAUUUUUUAUUGAUUUAGCUCCAACUAAAGAGCACAAAGAUAUUAUGGUAAUAGGCAGGCUAACAAGGAAUCUUGUAGUUAAACUGAUAAAUUCCCAGAGGUCAGAAUCAGGCCCAUGGGGCUCAAUUAUGAUUCCUAGAAGUCCAAACCACAUUGGGAAGGGGGAAAAGGUGCCUUGGUUGAGUGGCAGUGCCUGGAGGCAUUUUGCCUUUGUAAGGCAUCACAAUGAGCACUGGUACUCAAGGCACCUUGGAAAAAGUCUAGACAGUACUUCACCCAUUCUGGGUCUGUGGUUGACAACUCUGGUGGUGGGACAUGUACCCAGGCACUAGGCAGCACCAUGAAACAUCCUUCGUCAUGCCCUUCUGGUCUCAGAGAGGUGAUUUAUGGCUGUUUCUUUUCUCAUUGUGCUUUCUGGAACAAGGAAGAGAACAUCAGUGACCUGUCCUGCCCCAGUGCCCAUACCCACUUGCACUUUUGUGCUUGGAAAACUGCACCUUUUCAUGUCAAGCUUUUAGUGAGUACUCAAUGUUAGUAAAAAUUACCUUUACUACAGGAUGAUAUUGUUUUAAACAAAGGAGAGUCCUUUUUCUGUGUAGAGGUUUAGCUAUACAGUUUGCUCUGCACAAACUCUUGUUUCUGCUUACAGGAACUCAGAGAUUUUUUUGAUGGAUGGAAAUUAUGAAAACCUGGAACAUGUAUUUGCUAUUAAGCAUUUACUUCCACUAUUCUUAAAAUAUAAAUAAUAAAUAUAAGAACUUUAUUUGUGCAUAAAUGCAUAUGUGUACAGAUUCUCUGUCACACACACAUAUGAAGAUAUAUUCUUUUCCUACUUUGUUUGUGAAAUACUAAGAAGUGAAAAUAGUGUUUAUUAACCCUCAUGGUGAUUAGAAGUAUCAAAGUAUUACAGACAACUGAAAAAUUGUGUGAAUUGAUAUUUAAAUGUAGUCUGCUACUGUUUCUCAUAGAGAUAUUAGCACUUUUGUAAAAUGUAUCUUUGUAGCAACAAAUAUGAGUAUGCAGUUUAAGGAAUUCUUUUCCGUAUUUAUAUUGUUCUGUUUUGUAAUUUUCACUAUAUAGGCAAUCUUGUAAGCACCCCGUGUCAUUAAAACAAGCAAAAUUAGGAGUCAAAUGUGAAAACAUAGUUUAAAUAAAAUUAAAACAUCAGAACUUAAAUGUCUUUAAUAGUACUUGUGAACUUGUACAGUGUCUCUACAAACUGGUCUGAAAAAAUGGCAACUUGCUAUUUGUGUUUUCUAUCAACUGGAUGUGCUAUUCUCAAACACUAUUUUGAAAUAAAGAUCUUUAUUUUGAAA